UGCGGCAUGAGUAUAUAAGAGGGUACAAACCGACUUGAGGUAAGGGUACAAAACUGACUUAGACUAGAAGUCGUAUACCAUAAUGACUACUCUAACAUUCAAGAUGCUGUACGCCCACCAGCGCGAGGGGCUCAGCUGGCUCUGGUCCCUGCAUUGCAGGGAAACCGGUGGAAUCCUGGGGGACGACAUGGGACUUGGCAAGACGAUGCAGGUUUCUGCCUUCUUGGCAGGAUUGUUCCAUUCUGGUCUAAUCCAGAGGGUGCUAGUCAUCGCCCCGAAGACACUUCUCACUCAUUGGAUUAAGGAGCUUACAGUAGUCGGUCUCAGGCACAUGAUCAGCGACUACUCUGGUUCCAACCUAGAUGCUCGUGACUUUGAGCUUCAACAUGCCUUCAAGGAAGGGGGUAUCCUGUUGACAACGUAUGAUAUUGCCCGGAUCAACUAUAGGCUGAUAAGAGGAGACUUCUAUAAUGAUGCCGACGACGAGGAGGAGGGGAAGAUUUGGAAUUAUGUUAUUCUUGACGAGGCACAUUUUAUCAAGAACCCUAAGACACGAAGAGCCCAAAGCCUAUUUGAAAUACCUUGUGUCCAUCGGAUUGCCAUCAGUGGAACGCCUGUACAAAAUAACUUGAAGGAAAUGUGGGCGCUGUUCUCUUUUUGUUGCCCGGAACUCUUGGGUGAUAAGAAAGAGUUCAGAACAUUGUAUGAAUUGCCUAUCAAUCGAGGAAAUGACAAGACCGCUAGCAACCGAGCCAAGCACAUAGGCUCAAAUGUAGCAAAGGAAUUAAGGGAACGUAUAAAGCCAUAUUUCUUGCGACGUAUGAAAAAUGUAGUGUCACUUGAGACUGGUUUGACAGAUGAUAAACAGCUUCCGAAGAAGAAUGAGCUAAUUAUCUGGCUGAAAUUAACAGAUUGCCAGAGGCAACUAUAUAAAGCAUUUCUGAACUCUGAGCUAGUUCAUUUAGCAUCGCAAGGAAAUCCCUUGGCUGCUCUCACGGUAUUGAAGAAAAUAUGUGAUCACCCACUCAUAUUGACCAAGAGAGCUGCUGAGGACAUCCUGGAAGGCAUGGAUGGAAUGUCAAAUAAUCAGGAUAUGUUGAUGGCUGAAAAUAUGGCCAUGAACCUCGCAGAUAUGGCUCAUGCUGAUGAUGCACUGCAAGCUGGUCAAGAAGUCUCAUGCAAGUUAUCUUUUAUCAUGUCCUUGUUGAGGAAUCUUCUUGAAGAGGGACACCACAUUCUUAUAUUUUCGCAGACUCGUAAAAUGCUAAACCUGAUUCAGGAAGCUAUAUUGCUAGAGGGCUACAACUUUUUGCGCAUGGAUGGCACCACAGAGACUUCCGAGAGGGAAAGGAUUGUGAAGGACUUCAAAGACGGCCUCGGAGCUCAAAUAUUUUUACUGACCACAAAAGUCGGUGGUCUUGGACUUACACUCACCAAGGCAGCUCGUGUCAUAGUAGUUGAUCCUGCUUGGAAUCCAAGUACGGACAAUCAGAGCGUUGAUCGUGUUUAUCGAAUUGGACAGACCAAAGAUGUGAUUGUAUACCGCUUGAUGACAUCUGCAACCGUCGAAGAAAAGAUAUAUAAACUGCAGGUCCUCAAGGGUGCUUUGUUUAGGGCAGCCACGGAGAAGAAAGAACAGACGCGUUACUUCAGCAAGAGUGACAUUCGAGAGCUUUUUAGUCUGCCAGAACAAGGGUUUGAUGUUUCCCUCACGCAGAAACAAUUGCAAGAAGAGCAUGGACAGCAGCUGGACGUGGAUGAGUCGCUGAGGGAGCACAUCCAGUUUCUGGAAAAACAAGGAAUAGCAGGUGUGAGCCAUCACAGCCUCCUAUUCUCGAAAACAGAAGUAUUGCCGAUGUUGAGUGAGAAUGAUGCACUGGACAGGGGUGCCCCUGCUAAGCCAAAGGACGAACGCUUCACUGCUAGAACACACUUGGCAAGCAACACAGAUUCAGAGAUCCCUGAAGAGAUCAACCGGCUGUUGGAAACCCUUGCGAGCACGACACUGGAGUCGAGGCUGGUGCCUGACUGUCGAGACAAGACACAUGAUUUGGAUAAUGAAAUGCUGACUAUGUGGUUCCUAGUAUGCAAAGGCCGGGAUGAACUCUUGGCGGCCACGGAAGCGAUAUGCUGAAUCGUUG